AUGGAUCAUUUUGAGAGAAUUCGAAAAAUUGGUAAAGGGAAUUUUGGGGAUGUUCUUUUGGUAUAAAGAAAAAGUGAUGGAAAACAAUUUGCACUAAAAAGAGUAGAUUUGAGUUUGAGAGAAAGUUUUGUGGUUGACCCUCUCAAUGAAGUUAAGGUUCUCAAAUCGUUAGACCAUAUGAACAUCAUUAAACAUUAUGAUUCGUUUGUCCACAACAAUAAACUGUGUAUUCUAAUGGAAUAUGCCGAGAAUGCUGAUCUCAGUUUAAAAGUGAAGGAAGCUAAACAAAACAAAUAAUUCAUUCAAGAAUCUACAAUUCUUGCCUGGUUGACCUAAUUGGCAGUAGCGCUCGAUUAUCUCCAUUCUCAAAAGAUACUUCAUAGAGACAUCAAAGUUCAGAACAUAUUCCUUUGCAAUGAUGGAAUUGUGAAAUUGGGUGAUUUUGGUAUCUCUAGAACUUUAGAAAACACAUCUGAAUUGGCAUAAACUUCAAUAGGAACCCCAUUCUACCUAUCACCUGAAUUAUGCCAAAACCAGUCCUAUAAUCAUAAGAUUGACAUCUGGAUGUUGGGAUGUGCCAUUUAUGAAUUAUGUACAUUACAAAAACCAUUUACUGCUGAAUCAAUCAAUGCUUUGGCAACUAAAAUUAUUAACGAGUAACAUACAAAAAUCUCUGAUCAUUAUUCCGAUUUUUUGUCAAAUCUCAUUGAUGAAAUGUUAUAAAAACAACCAGAAAAAAGACCAGAAAUUUCAAAAAUCCUUUCAUUCCCUUAAAUUCAAAUUGAAAUGCAAAAACUAUCUAAAAUUGAUCAACCUCCUAAAGUUCCUUAUUAAAAUAAUGGAUUCUCAUCCAGUAAAAAAAGCAACAGAAUGCAACAGAAUUCUAUACACUUUCUAGUUGAAAAAUCAAAAUAAUAACAAGGUUCAUCACCAAUUUCUUCUAGAAGAAGCUAGUCUAAACUCAACACUCCCUAUUAAGGCUAUAAAACAGAUAUUAUUGAUUAAAAUAGUCCAAAUUUUAAAUUGAAUGGAAAAAUAUUAGCAUCAAAUUUACACACUCUUCCAGAUUACAUAGAUGAUCAAUAAAAAGCCUAAACUCCAAUAUCUACUCAGAGAACAGAAUCUAAUGAAGUUAAUUCAAAACAUCUAAAAUACUAAAAAUCUAUUUCUAUUAAUACUUAAAUUGAUGAUAAUAAUAAUAAAAGAAAUUAGGAAGUUGAAAGCUAGCCUACACUAUUAAAAAAUUAAAAAUCGUUCACUUUUGUUGAUUUAUUUUUCAAUCCUAAUACUCCUACAUCCCCUAAUAGAUCAUUACUAUUAACUGACUUCCUUAAACGAAAGCUGGGAAACGAAAAAUUUUAUUAAAUGAAAAUACUACUUGAGUAAAAUAGUGAUCCAAUUAAGUUGUUAGAUUAAGAAAAAGGAUUAGUCUAAGAUAUUAUAGGGGAACAAAACAUGGAUUGUAUUAGAAUUUUUAAACUUUUGAUCAGUUGUUCAAUUACUCCUUAAGCGAGUCAUGGAAGAGCUAAAAGUGCUUAGGUGUUCACCCAAGAAAAGCAAGAAACAUUAAUAGAUUUCAUAAAAGACUCUGACUUUUAGCCUUCAAAUUCCAUAGGCUCAAACCCAGGAUUAGAAAUUUCAUUCAAAAAUCUCUAGCAUUUUACUGAGGACUAAUAGUCAGAAAAUUUAUAAUUAAAGGAAUGA